GUGUAAUUUGGCCUUUGAGGAAAGCUCAUUGACCUCUGAAACCCUAAUUCGUCGAUUUUUCCUAGGGUUCUCCUCCCGCCCUCACGAUGGCGGAUUCACCUCGCAAAAGGCACUCCCGAUCCCCUUCUCCAUGGAGAGCUCAAUCUCGGUCCAGGUCCAGAUCCAGGUCUGUACCCAGGCCUAGGUCAAGAUCAAGAUCCUUGUCUAGGCCGAGGCACAGGUCUCAUUCUAGAAGUCGUGGCAGGUCAAGAUCCAGAAGUCGUGGAAGGGAUGCUGUUGGAAAUCCUGGAAAUACACUCUAUGUGACGGGCCUAUCUCAAAGAGUCUUAGAGAAGGACGUUGAGAGGCACUUUUCAAAGGAGGGAAAGGUAGCUUCAUGUUUUCUAGUUGUUGAACCUCGUACGCGAAUAUCCCGUGGUUUUGCCUUCGUGACGAUGGAUUCAAAUGAAGAUGCAGAACGGUGCAUUAAACAUCUGAACCAGUCAGUUCUGGAAGGCAGAUACAUAACUGUGGAAAGGUCCCGGAGGAAGCGACCAAGGACUCCUACACCUGGGCAUUAUCUUGGAUUGAAAAAUACUAGGGACUAUGACCGUGGCCGCGAACAGGACUACGACAGGGACCGUGAUCGUGGGAGGUACCGUGGGGGCUCAGGUCGAGAUGACUAUGGUUACAGGAGGUCUCCUAGACGCUCGCCCUACAGAGGUGGCCGUGAUUAUUCCCCUAGGCGCUCACCUUAUGGUGGUGGAAGAUCAAGAAGGGAGAGGUCUUAUUCACCCUAUGGCAGUCCAGAAAGGAAGUACGCCCGUGGCUCUAGAUGAAGGUUAUAGCCUCGUAGGUCUAGAUAUUUCAUAUUUGAGAAAGUGAUAAACUUGGGAGGCAUUAUUGUCGAGAUGUAAUGAUCUUAUGAUUUGGAGUCGGAUUUCCUCUUUUCCUCACAUUCUGUUAAAACUCAUAAGGUUUCUGGUUCUUGACUUUGGAGUAUUGGUAUUUGAUAUAAUAGUAUGAUAUUAUUGA